GGAGCAUCAAAACGAGGAGGGUUUCCGUGGAGGCCUCUUCCUCCUUCCCUCUCCAAUGGCUCCCAAAGUUGUCUCACUUUUCUUCUUCCUCUCAAUGUCAACUGUGUCGGAGCUUGGAGGGAUUUAUGGAUCAGGGGGCUACCCGAUAGUCGUGAGCACUUGGCCGUUCCGGGAGGCGGUGCGAGCGGCUUGGAGGUCCGUCAAUGAUCACGGUUCGUCGGCCGUUGAUGCUGUUGUCGACGGGUGCUCCGCCUGCGAGGAGCUGCGCUGCGACGGCACAGUUGGACCUGGUGGCAGUCCAGAUGAGACUGGAGAAACCACAUUAGAUGCUCUUGUCAUGGAUGGGACCACAAUGGAGGUUGGAGCUGUGGCUGCUAUGAGAAAUGUGAAGGAUGGCAUCAAAGCUGCAAAAUUGGUUAUGGAUUAUACAGAGCACACUAUGCUUGUUGGAGAGAAGGCCUCCAUCUUUGCUAUUUCAAUGGGUCUUCCUGGACCAACUAAUCUUAGUUCGUCAGAAUCCAUUGAGAAAUGGGUUAAGUGGAAGGGGAAUAAUUGCCAACCAAACUUCCGGAAGAAUGUUGUUCCUGCAAAAAGCUGUGGACCUUAUCAUGUUCACUAUGAUUCAUCUUCUGCACUUGAGAGGUCUUGUGGACUUUCCAGAGAGGGAAGUGGUGAGAGGAGUUUGUUUGGAGAUGGAAAUCAUUUGCAAACUCCUGAACAUAAAUCCAACAUUAUUAGUUACCACAACCAUGACACCAUCUCCAUGGCCACAAUUGAUAAAAUGGGGCAUAUUGCGGUUGGGACAUCGACAAAUGGAGCUACAUUCAAAGUUCCUGGAAGGGUAGGUGAUGGACCAAUAGCAGGAUCCGCUGCCUAUGCUGAUGAUGAAGUCGGUGCUUGUGGUGCAACUGGAGAUGGGGAUAUCAUGAUGCGCUUCCUUCCUUGUUAUCAGGUUGUGGAGAGCAUGCGGCAAGGAAUGGAGCCCAGGCAUGCUGCAGCAGACGCAAUAUCCAGAAUAGCUCGCAAGUACCCAGACUUCAUCGGAGCUGUUUUUGCCCUCAACAAGAACGGUGUACACGCAGGAGCUUGCCAUGGAUGGACUUUCCAAUACUCAGUAAGAAACUCCAGCAUGAAGGAUGUUGAAGUAUUCACUGUAGUACCUUCGGACUGAUGCGAUGUUGAUACAUCGAGAUAGGCCUCCAAAUCAUGUAGCACUUUGUCAUGUCGAGAGAUGAACUUUCCAUGCCUAUUUUGGUAACUCAAAUAAAUUAGGAUGAAUAUGAACCUUGCCCAUUCUUAUGUAGAUGAAUGUAAACCAUGGCCAUCUCCUGUACCCAAUCGACUAAUUCAUUGGAAAAGAACUCAAUGGAAGCCGUGCGAUGAAUAUUUGUGCUCCA